AUGAGCCUUGAAGUGAGGCUCCAUGGCCCCAGGGCUCUAGGCGAAAUCGCGAUUCCCCUGGUGGUCGCGCGUUGCGCUAACCGCAGCACCGCGAGACGCUGGCGGCAGAUUCGCGACGCAACCCCCGGAGGGAAGAGCAAACAAGAUAGAACAAGUUUGAGGAGGAGGGGAACGGCAGCAGGCGACGCACAGUUGGAUGGCAAAUCUGCGCGGGCUGGGGCGACAUUCCUUGCACCUCAUACGGUUGGCGAGAGCGGAGAGGAGGCUUUGUCUCAUGUGUUGCAUGUCUGCGGAAGCGUGUGUGCAAGUCGCGAGCGACACUGUGCUCGAUUUGGGAACCUUCACUCUGAAAAAUUCUCGAUGUUUGCCUCUUUUGGCUUAGAGUUUGAUGAUACCAGCCAACGAGAGAGCCUGGGCCUAUUCAACACAACCCAUUCGGAGUUGACGGAGACGUCGAAUUGGGCCUGGGAUACGAAUGCUUGA